CCCGGGCUCUCCCAACCAGCCACCCUACCAGAUGUCUCAGCACGGUGGCAACUCUGCACCUCCACCAGGGUUUGGCAAGGGCUACAAUCAGGGUCCUCCUGAUCCUGUCAUGUAUCAGCCGGGUCAAGGGCCAGAGUAUGGAGACCCGCAUGGUGGGAUAUCCCCGGCCCCCGCCGCUGGGGCUGUCGCUGUCGGGGUCCCACCCGGGCUCGAGUAUCUCACACAGAUCGACCAGAUCCUGAUCCAUCAAAAACUUGAGCUCCUGGAAGCAAUCACUGGCUUCGAGACAAACAACAAGUACGAGAUAAAGAACAGCCUCGGGCAAAACAUCUACAUGGCCAAUGAGAAAAACGACUGCUGCACGAGGAACUGCUGCGGCGCUCUGCGCUGCUUCGACAUGAAAAUCAAGGACAACAUGGACAGGGAGGUCAUCCACCUCAUCCGGCCUUAUCGCUGCAUGUUCUGCUGUUGUCCCUGCUGCCUGCAAGAGAUGGAGGUCCAGGCACCGCCGGGCACCACUAUAGGGUACAUCAAACAGGACUGGCAUCUUUAUCUUCCAAGGUUUUCCAUCCUCGGACCAAACAGGGAGACCCUGAUGAAACUGGAGGGGCCCUGCUUCACCUGCAACUGCUGUGGGGACGUCAGCUUUGAGCUGAAGGGGAAAGAUGGCGAUGAAACCAUCGGUCGCAUCAGCAAGCAGUGGAGCGGCCUUAUGAAGGAAGUCUUCACCGACACCGAUAACUUUGGCAUCCAGUUCCCACUGGACUUGGACGUGAAGAUGAAAGCUGUCCUCAUGGGCGCCUGUUUCCUGAUUGAUUUCAUGUUCUUCCAGAAAAGUGGAUAGGCCAACCAGCGCUGCUCUGUGUUUUCGAUGCCGAAGACAAAGAAGAAGAGGUGAAGCAAAUGCACGGCCACAAGGGUCCUCUCAUAUUAUUCUCUGUCUGUACUUUAUUUUUACACUUGUUCGGUGCCAGUCCCAAGAUCCAUUUAUAGACACAUGGACAUCUGAGCUAAUCAACUCUUGAUUAGGUUGAAUAGUUUGGGAUGUUAUUUCAAAUGUAACAGCAGAUACUCGUGAUUUUUCAACUCCACACCGUCCACAGAUGUUUGUUCAACUUUGAAAUGAAAUUCACCGUGACCCUGAAUCUUUGUUUUUGUUCCCCUGCCCACAUGUAAGAAAAAUAUUCUGACAUAUUUUUGGGGGGGAGGUAAAAAAUUGAACCCCACUACAAUGCCAUGUCAGUCGUUUAUUUUUAUCUUGCACAUGAAAACACAUAUAGACAUGUAUGUAUCUAUACACUGCUAAAAUAGAAAUAAAAAAAAAUGAAAUAACAAUCAUAUCACACAUAUUUACUGAUGUGCAUUUUAUAAUUUUUUUUAAUUUGAUUUCCACACUAGUUUAGUGGAAAUGAAAUGAAACUGUCAUGGUCAGUCCUCCGCUCUGAUCUGCCUUCAGUACUUUCUACUCCCCUCUCUUGUGCUCACCCAAUCUGCCAGCCACGCCCAACUCGCCACUCACUCCGCUCACCUGCUCUCCCAGCUGCUGCUCCUCAGCAAUCAAGAAGCUAUAUAAGUUCCACUCUCCUCUUUGUCCACUGCCAGAUUGUUUCUUUGCCAUGCAAGACUCUCCAGCGUUUUCCGCCCUGACCUCCCGUUGCCGACCCU